CCCGCCUCGGCACGGAUUGGCCGAGCCUUCCACCUCCUCUGUCUCAUCUUCCUGGGGCACCGGCACUGCCCGGCUGCAGCUCCUCCGCACUGACCACAGAGGGACCGGAGGAUGCCCACGCAUCAGCACUUGGUCGAUAAGAUGAAGAGACAUUCCUGCUUUGUUUUUUUGUUCUGUGGGAUAUUUUUGCCUGGAAUCCUUGGUUUUCCACAGACAAAUACCUCAAUUGAUUGUGAUUCUCUGUUACCAAACUAUGAAGCUGAACCACAGACAUCUGCACCACCGUAUAUUAUUGCUGUAUCUUUUGAUAACUUUGAGCCAGGAAAUGAAGUCCAAGUAACUCUAGAAGCACUUGGAGAUGCUGGAUUUAAAGGAUUUAAUCUACAAGCUCGAGAAAUAGAUGGAGAUGUUCCUGUUGGUACUUUUAAAAUUACGGAUCCAAACACUAAAGGCUUACAAUGUCAUAACAUGACGAAUUCAGCAGUAAGUAAUGCCAAUUCAGAUGUGAAACAGAAGGUUACAACAACAUGGAUUGCUCCACAUGAUGUUAGAGAGCUUCAAUUUAUUGCAACUGUUGUUCAAAAUCUAGAGAACUUUUGGGUUGGAAUUCAAAGCAAAACUCUCACACCUACACAUUCUCAGUCAGUUAAUGCGACAGGAAAAAGUAAAAGGAAGAUUAUGAUAGAAUUAGAAUGUAACAAGCGUGGAGGGACUUAUUCAACAGGCCGGUGCAUCAUGGUUGGACCUUCCAGUUCCUCUCAGAGCAGCUACUCAGGCAGUCAGGGUGGAGUAGUCUACACAGUAAGCAAGAGUGGAUGUGCCCCUGGAGGUGCUGCUGGUGCAUAUGGCCUACAAGCCUGCAGAGAUAGUGCAUCCUUAUCCACCAGUGGUCUUACUUAUGGCCAGUCUGUCCCUUCAAGCAGUUCAGAUUCCAGUAAGAAGGUAGUGGUCGUUGCCAACAGCAACCCUUUUCCACCUGUGCGUCACACCUUCCCUCAGAGUCUGGGAAGCUCUGCUACAAGGAUCAUAGUACAGAGUGGACAAAAACAGCAAACCAGCAGCAGUACUUAUUUUCAGGGUUCCCAAGGCAGCCAGUCUUAUGCUCAGGGCUACAGACCUCAAGGCAGCAGUUCCUAUGGCCAGGGUGGACCAAGUUUCUCAGGCAGCAGCAGUUCCUAUGGCCAGGGUUACCAAGGCAGCCAGUCCUAUGGCCAGGGUUCUCAGCCUCAAGGUGGCAGCUCCUAUGGACAGGGGUACCAGCCUCAAGGUGGCAGCAGUUCCUAUGGCCAGGGUUACCAAGGCAGCCAGUCCUAUGGCCAGGGUUCUCGGCCUCAAGGUGGCAGCUCCUAUGGACAGCAGGGUGGAUCUGCAGCUUAUUUUGGCAGCAGUGGUUGUGGACAAGGUGUCUCCUAUGAUAGCAAUCCCUGCCACCAGGGUGGAUCACAGGGUGGUCAGGAUGAUUCAUACUCCUCACAAAACUAUGGUGGUAGCCAAAGUGGAUCAUCAUCCUCCCAAAAUUAUGGUGACAACCAGGAUGGAUCCUACUCACAAAACUACGGUGGUGGCCAAGGUGGAUCAUCCUCAGACACCUAUUAUGAUAAUCAAGAGUCACAAGAUUCCUCAUAUGAUAGUAAUCCCAACGCCUGUGAUGAUAAUGACACUACCUACAGUGCCAAUAGUCAGCGUUCUGGUUGUGCAAAGAAGAAAGUUGCCCGAGACACAACACAUGUUUUAAGCAGAAGGGCCUAUGAUGCACAGAAUGCCUCUUCUUCUUCAAAUAGCAGCUACUCUGACAUGCAGGGUGGAUCAUUUAUUGCAACCAGUGGAUCAAGUAACCAGGGUGGUUGCAUUUGUCCUGAUGGAAGCAGUGGUCAUAGACCGGGAGCCCCAGGUUCUUCAUACAGCACAUAUUCUGGUAACCAGGGGGGGCCUUACUACUAUCCUGGAGGAUCCUAUGGACAGGGCGGCCCAGGUUCUUACUCUGGUAGCCAGGGAGGGCCUUCCUACUAUUCUGGUGGAUCUUAUGGACAGGGAGCCCCAGAUUCUUCAUACAGCACAUAUUCUGGUAACCAGGGAGGGCCUUACUACUAUCCUGGAGGAUCCUAUGGACAGGGCGGCCCAGGUUCUUACUCUGGUAGCCAGGGAGGGCCUUCCUACUAUUCUGGUGGAUCUUACGGACAGGGAGGGUCUUCUGCUUAUGAUGGCGGCAGUGAAUCCUAUGGUCAGGGUGGAUCCUCUGUAUAUAGUGGUUCUGAGACUUAUGGCCAGGAUUCACCUGCCAUGGGAGCCAGUGAAACUGAAGAUAAUGAUUCCUCCUCACCGUCUGGUAGCCGCCAGAGUGAACGGGAUUUUUAUUCCCCAGGAGGCAGCCAGUCAGGUGGACAUGGGUCAUCUUCUCAAAGUGGUAGCUACUCCAGUGGACAGGACUCAUCCUCAUCUGGAAGCAGCCAGUAUGGUGGGCAGGGUUCACCUUCCUCAGGAGGCAGCCAGUCUGGUGGACAGGGUGGAUGUGAUUGUUCUGAGGCAAAUUCUGGUGGAUCCCCUACUUUAGUCAGAAGUGAUUCCUCUGCAAAUGACUCAUCUUCUGGAGGCAGCCGGUACAACAGCCAGGAUUCAUAUUCCUCUGGAGCUAGCCAGUAUGGAGGACAUGAGUCAUCUUCUUAUGGAGGGAGCCAGUAUGGUGGACAAGGUUCAACUUACUCAGGAGGCAGCCAAUAUGGUGGACAGGGUUCACCUUCUUCAGGAGGCAGCCACUAUGGAGGACAGGGUCCAUCUUUCUCAGGGAGCAGACCUUAUGGAGGACAGGGCUUUUCUUCAGGGGUCAGGCAGUCUGGUGGACAGGGUGGGUGUGUGUGCCCCGGUGGAGGUUCAGGCUCUUUCGCAGGAACCAACUACCAUGGUGGACAGGGUUCAUAUCCUGGAAGUAAUCAGUAUGGUGGACAGGGAUCUUAUCCCUCAAGAGGCAGCCAAUAUGGUGGGCAGGGCUCAUAUCCUUCUGGAGGCAAACAACAUGGUAAACCAGGUUCUUCUUCCUCAGGAGGCAGUCAUCAAGGAAAGCCAGGUGGCUCUGGCUCAGGAAGCACUUACUCUGGGAAACCGCAAUCACCUUACUCAGGCGGCAGUCAAGUGAGCUCUGCUGGGAAACACUCAACUCCCCAACUCCUGAUGUUAUUCAGUGUUUUGAGUGCCUUUGCUCUCUCUGCUGCUGUAUCCAAAUGGUCUAUAUGAACUUCUGAAGUGUUACUUGACAUCCUAAACACAGAUUAUAAUCUGUAUUUUUAGAUUACUUAAUGUAAGAAAAAGAAAUACCAUUAAGUCAAAUUGGCAGAUGCUACUUGGCUGUUCUGUUGCAUGUCUAGCUGGUAUGUCACGUCUCUCAUUAGUUUACCUCUGGUUUUAGUCAUUAGUAGUUAUCAUUAGUUGUGUCAGUGUUUUAGGCAUUAUUUUAAGAGAGCAUAUGGUACCCUACCUACAGGACAUAUUUUUAUUUCCAAUAGGGAAUGCAAUGAACACCUACAUGAAAUGAUUGGUGUGACAAAUGAAUACUUAGGGAAAUAUUUGGUUAUUAACCAAAGUGAACAAGGUGAAAUAAAUUGUUGUAUAUGCAAACUGAGCACUGUGCCUGGAAAUCAUGGCAUAAGGUAACUUCUGAUAAGCAGUUCUCCGUGGGACAGAAGAAAAGAUACUGAAGUAGUAUCAGAGUAUUGGUUUUAGUCUUUUGUAAUCAAAUGCAAAUUCAAUAUGGAGAUUGCAAAGCAAAAAAAAAAAACAAAAAACCAAAAAUUCCACAGGACUGAAUUUUUUUGGGUUAAUAAAAGUUUAUUUGUUAGAAAAAUGAAACAGAUCAGAGAAAAGACAUUACGAACUCCAUUCAAACCAACUGCAAAUACAUAGAGCUCUGUAAAGAAGCCUAUGAGGCACAUGUACUCCAGACUGGGCUGAUGAACUAAAACCUGCUGAAAAAGAAAGCCUUUUUCCUUGGAAGGAAUAGAAAAAUAAUUCAUAAAACUAAUACCAUCUUGGCUCCCUUUUUCAAGUAUUUCGUUUAACCUGGGAUACAUCGUGUAUCUGAAAGGUUAAUUUCAGGAGUGCAUGUACAAGCAGGAACAUCAGUGUGCUUGCUGAAAUACCAGGGCCCAUGUUUGAGUUCAGCAGCCAUUCCACACCUCGCAGCAAACUCUUCUGGAGCUCUCAGAGCCACCUUGUUUGGUGUUAACAAAGCACAUUCACCUAAAGCAUACUUCUAAUGAAUGUGCUAUCUAUUGAACGUGUGCCUGCUAUUACAAUUACCAUUGUUAGUAGCGUGCUUUUCUGUCACGGUUUACAAUUGCAAGUGGUGGGAAAGGUUUCCAUUCAGGUUCUCCUACCAACUUCCGCGGGGCCAGGAUUUCAGCUGGGUUUGAUGUGCAGCACUACCCUUUGCCAACCAUGGGUAAAUCAACCUGCAAUUGACGCACGGAGCUAUGCGAUCUUCAAAAUUCGGUGGACAAUUUAUUUCUUCGGACAACACAGUAAUGUUCUGUUUGAGAGGUCCGUACCUUAAUUCGAACCAGCCCUACUAUUCUCUAAUAAAUUUGUGAUGGGUUUCAUACAAA